AUGUCCUUCGCAAUUCUCCCCUCCAAGCCACAGACUCCACUUGCUUACAAGCUCAUCGAGAGUCAAGAUAUCAAUCCGGAUUCUCCCCUCAUCGUAUUUAUUAAUGGUCUUGGUUUGCCAUCUGUAUCAUGGACUAGCACAAUUGCUCUUCUUCAACAGUCCACUAGUUCUAUAAAGCCAAGCAUUUUGACAUACGAUCGCUACGGUCAGGGUGCUACGACCUCUCAAGAUCCAGCCGAUAACAUACCAGGAAAAUAUCCUGGAUACGGUCACGAUUUGAACGAUGCAGUUAACGAUCUCCAAGAGCUUAUCCAAGUUACUAUCCCGACAAACCCCAAGCUUGUCCUCGUUGCAGCUAGUAUUGGACGAACAUUUAACACCGAUGUUAAAAGCCCUGAAGGGUUAGACAGAAGAAAUGUCCUGCACCUUCUACCCAACCCUUCCUCUCCCAAACUCCAACGAUUGAAUGGCAAAGGAUCAUGGUUGAAGGAUAUAGGGCAUGAUCCUGAACUUUUUGCAGAAGAGAUGUGGAGGUUGUUAAAGAUUCCCAAAAGUCUUAACAGGAAGUAUACGCAACCUGCAUGGCAAAAAUACAAUGAAGAAUUGUUGACUCUGACUGAUGCUGACCGUUCAGGAAAAGAAGUCCUUAUUGCACCAGGUUGUGGGUAUUUAAUUCAGAAGGAUAACCCUCAGUUCGUUGCUACGCAAUUGGAGGAUCUACUUUCGAAAUUUAGAUCUGAAGUUGUAGUUCCUAGGCAGAAUUUGAUAGGCUGGAAGAUUAUUACGAAAUUACGGAGAACAGAUCGCAAAGAAACCUUAUUUUCCCUAAAGAGAAUGGUUAAAAUGACCGGAAAAAGAACCAGGGAAAAAUUCAGGAUCGGGAGUGUUCAAUGGUCUAACUUGUUCGAAACUUCUGGGAAUAUAAUCUGA